AUGCGUUACUCCGCUCUCGUCUCUGCUCUCUUCGCCGCUGGCGCUCUUGCCUCUCCCAUGGCCAAGCGUGACGCCGUCACCAACGUCAACGUUGUCGUUGUCACUGACACCGUCACUGCUCCCACUGAGACCGUGACUGCUCACGGCGAGUUCUUCAACGCUCAGCAGCCCCACCAGACUGAGGCUUCCACCAGCUCUGCGGCUCCCUCUUCUACUCAGGCUGCUAGCUCCUCUUCCUCGGAGGCCCCCUCGGCCACUGUUGACGCUGUCAGCGGCAGCAGCCCGUCUGACUACGCCAGCACGGUUCUCUACCACCACAACGUCCACCGUGCCAACCACACGGUCUCGGACCUCCAGUACAACGACACCCUCGCCGACAUUGCUUCUCAGAUCGCUUCCAGCUGCGUCUAUGCUCACAACACCCAGACUGGCGGUGGUGGCUACGGCCAGAACAUCGCUGCCGGUGUCGACGCUAGCGGCAUUGACAAGAUCAUCUCCGACAUGUUCUACAAUGGCGAGAUCAACUACUUCGAUGGUCUCUAUGGCCAGGCCAACCCCGACAUGACCAACUUUGAGAAGUGGGGUCACUUCUCUCAGAUCGUCUGGAAGGACACCACCUCGGUCGGCUGCGCCACUCACCAGUGCUCGUCGCUCGCCAACACUGGCAGCAACGUGCCCCCCUACUUCACCGUCUGCAACUACUACCCCCCUGGAAACUAUGGCGGCGAGUAUGCCGACAAUGUCCAGAAGCCCAAGGGCGACCAGACCGUCUCCGUCUAA